CUGUCGGAGUCUUUUAGAAACUCUUCGAAACUUUUGGGGUCUCCUAGAGUCUUUUGGAAAUUCUUGGAGCCUUUUGGAAACUCUUGGAGUCUUUUGGAGUCUCUCGAAGUGUUUUGGAGUCUAUUAAAGUCUUUUGAAGUUGCUUCGAAUUGUUUCCAAGUUACUUCAAGUAGCUUCAAGUUACCUUUGAGUUUAUCUUCUAUGUGCUUCAAGUUGCUUCGAGCACAACUUCGAUUAACUUCGACAACGAAAAAGAUUUAAAAAUCGGGAGAGAAUCUAGAGUUGAAGAUGCUUUGCCGGAACACGUGUUUUAUUUAAGCUCUAGUCGGCUUUUCUUUCGGGGAACGUUGAUUAUUAUUCGGAUUCGGUUGAUAGAAGAAGUGCCGGUGUCUCUCGAUAAGAAAAGAGGCAGAUGUUUUGUUUUUCUUAGUUGCGUUUAGCGACUUGAGUGAACGACUGAUAGGCUCCAAAGGUCGCUCGAUAAACGAAGAUAGAACAAAUGUGGCGCACUGCGCGUGUGUGCCUUCGGAGGGAAUGGGUACCUGAUAGUAGAGUGUGAAGUGCGAGGUACCUGUUCAUUGAUUGCACAAGGUCAGAUCAUCGCGAUAAGUCAUUAAUGAUUCUCGAUCAUCCGAAUAGGGUACCCCAAGUGUUUUGAGUUAGUGCUUCAGAUAAUGAUUUCGAAUCAGAAGUGUUUUAAAUAACAAGAAGUGUUUUGAAUAAGGUUCGAACAAGAAGUGCUUCAAAUAAAAAGGAUUUCGGAAAAGUAAGGCUUUCGAAUAAGAAGUGUUUGAAAAUAACAAGGAUUUCUGAUGAGAAGCAUUUCGAAUAAGAAGUGCUUCAAAUAAAAAGGCUUUUGGAUAAGAAGUGCUUCGAAUAGGAAGUGCUUCAAAUAGGAAGGAUUUCGGGAAAGUAAGGCUUUCGAAUAAGAAGUGUUUGAAAUAACAAGGAUUUCUAAUGAGAAGCAUUUCGAAUAGGAAGUGCUUCAAAUAAAAAGGCUUUUGGAUAAGAAGUGCUUCGAAUAGGAAGUGCUUCAAAUAGGAAGGAUUUCGGGAAAGUAAGGCUUUCGAAUAAGAAGUGUUUCAAAUAACAAGGAUUUCUAAUGAGAAGCAUUUCGGAUACGAAGUGUUUCGAAUAACAAGUGCUUCAAAUAAAAAGGCUUUUAAGUUAAGAAGUGUUUUGAAUAGUAAGGCUUUCGAAUAAAAAGUACUUCAAAUAAAAAGGCUUUUGGAUAAGAAGUGCUUCGAAUAGCAACUAUUCGAAUUAGAGAAGAAGAAGCAGAACUGUUUCGAACAAACAAAAAAGGAUUGUGUCGGAAAAGCAGAAGAGGAUUUCCGGAAAAGUAUUCCGGAUUAGCGACAAAGGAUUGAUUCGAGAACAAAAAACUCUUUUUUCGCCAGCGAGAAGGGGAGGAGGAAAAAAAAGUUUUGCGUCCGUAAACCAUGCAACCGGUUCGACGUCGUCGCCGUCACCAUCGAAUGGAAAGACGAUAUCAUUCGCGCGAAUCUAUCAAGGCCCAUUGCCAAAAAUAGAUGGUCGAAGACAAACCCGAGAAGAAGAAGAAGCAGCAGCAUUCUGGAGCGGUUGUUAGCAGACACGUGAUUCAAUCGGAAUACACGACACAUCGAUCGUAUUUCAGCUGACUAGAAGUGUGAUAGCGGUGUUGGUGUUGAUAAGAGAGAGAGAGGGGAAAAGUUUUGCGCCCGGGCGGGUGGCGCUUGUGUGUGUAAACGUACUAGUCUCUUGUGUUACUUUUGUGGACCUUGAAAGAUGGGCGUACUCCUAAUGGCGGAAGGCAUCCACCCUCGCAUGGAGUUGAACCCGGUUAAACUGUCGCCAGUGAACAACGCUCAUGGGACCGGUGUGAGCAAUAACGCCAACAGCAUUGUCAUUGAUGUUAACGAUACCAACAACUCCGCCACGCCAAUCACGUCGUCGCGAGUUGUUUCACAAAUGAUUGACGACAACAAUGUCGAUGAUGGAAAAGACGAGCCGGCACGCUGGAUGCCGCCACCGCCGAAGAAGAAGUGGAUCCGGCAUUACCUGCUCGAGGAAGAGCCGCUGGAAAACGGCAGAACCAAUGGAAAUCAUUCGACGGGUUUACGUGGAAGUCCUGUGAUCUCAAAUUCCCGUGUGACACCACCCUCGGCUAAUUCCGGCCACUUAACUGCCUUGCACUCCUCACAUCAUCAGUCUCAUCACCAUCAUCAACAGAAUAAUCAUGACAGUAUGUCCAAUCACAUGGACAAUCACAAUUCAAAUCAUACACAUCAACAGAGUUCUCUUUAUGUCGACAUUGAGACGAGCCACGACAGUAAGAAAAGUCGAAAUGGACCAUGCGUGAUUCGUUCAGGCACAAGAGAAGUACACAACAAAUUGGAGAAGAAUAGAAGGGCACAUCUUAAAGAAUGUUUUGAGAUGCUAAAGAAACAACUUCCUUCACAAGAUGAAAAAAAGUCAUCGAACCUUUCCAUUCUACACGCUGCAAUCAGACACAUACAGGCCUUGAAAAAAAAGGAAAAAGAUUAUGAGCACGAGAUGGAAAAAUUGGCCAGAGAGAAAAUAGCGUCUCAACAAAGGCUGGUAGCUUUGAAAAAGGAUCUUGCAGCUACAUGGGAUCAUAUCGAUUUCAGCACCUUAUUACCAGAACAAAAUUCCGUAGUGGAUACUGUUGUUUCAAAAAAUGUUUCAGAAAGUAUGGACGUGGACGUGAUUGGUCUCGCUCGAGGCGGAACGAGGUACAGCAGUACUAGUAGUUUGAGUAGUGCAGCAACUGCCAGCUCACCCCAAACACUUCAAACGACGAGCUCAACUUCCAACAUUCAUAAUCAAGUAGCCACCGCUGCGGUCGUCUGUCAGACACAAGGUUUGAACCUUGCUCAAGGUUCCAGAGAAAGUCCACCAGCCAGCUCUAGCCCUGGAGCAUCCAUGCCUAAUAUUUCUACCUCGAUUCAGGAGAAACUGGCUACUUCACCGACAAUAGUUCAUCAACAUACGUUUCAACAGCAAUCACCACCUCAACAUCAACAUCAAGUACCACCACCUCAACAACAACAGCAGCAGCAGCAACAACAGCAACAACAACAUCAUCAACAACCCCAACAGUUGCAUUUACCAAUUAGUGCUCAAAUGUUGAGUACCAGUCAGGGACUGGCAACAAUUGUGCCCACAUUGCAGCACCUAGGCUCAAAUCUGAGAGUAAUACCGGGCGACACAAGGCAACUCUUGGUCACCCACACCACAGGCAGUAAUGAUACACGGCCUCUUAUUGCCGUCCAGUCGAACACUGGAAAUGAGCCAAGGCCUAUGGCUCUGGUCGUUCACUCGUCCACGGCAAACGACAACAGGGGCAAUAACGAGUCGCGGCCGCUCAUCGCCGUGCAGCAGUCCAACUCUGGAAGUGAGCCAAGACCCGUGGCUUUGGUCGUUCACUCGUCCACGGCAAACGACAACAGAGUGACGUUUGUGCAUUCUAAUUUGUCCAACAACGACAGGCCGUUGGCCCUCGCUGUUCAGUCAUCGGCGAACGACGUGAGGCCCGUCACGUUCGUUCAUUCGGGCAAUGAGACUAGACCCCUGGUUCUUGCCACACAUUCGCCAGCACUCAGCGCAUCCACUGCUCAGACAAGGUUAAGAACUGGCGACGCUCAAACGACACAUAAAAUGGUUGGUGGAGUGACACUCGUGGGUGGCAAUGGAUCAGAGCUAACUAGAUUGCCUGGAGGAGCAGAACUGAAUAUUCUUCCAGCAAAUGGUGUGUUCCGUUCCCUCAAGGCUCAUCAACCCCUCGCUAUACAAGGAGGAUUGGCCUUGAGCCACGCGGGAGUCUCGCUACAAUCAGCCACGGGGAAAGGGAAUUCAGCAGUGGUGCAAAACACUCCGUCCACAGAGGGAAUUGCUCACAUCGUUGGCCAGCAUACACCACUAUCGGGCCUGACGCCAAUAGUCACGCCAAUGGCCGUUGUUUCCCAGGGCAAUCAAGUGACGGCUCACAUUUUGGCGCCAUCGAGUCUCGCUGGGAAAAUGAUAACAACGCCAAUUCUCAAAUCCGUGGGACCUCUUGUCAACGCUCAGUAUCUAAACACCACGGCCCUCGUUAAACCCGUUGUAGUCGUAAGUUCACCGUCAUCAAAUUCAUCGCCAACUUUGGCAACAACUUCCUGUACACAGACUUCCUCAACGUCCCACUCAAGCGUCUGACAAAAUUUCCUCAAUACAAGCCACGUUUGAAAUAAGGCCAAAUCGCAUAUUACAAUUCUCAACAUUGGAUGCAAACGCGAUUCUCAUUUCUCUGUCUGCUGCAAUUAUUGUCAUUAUGAUGAUAAUAAUUAUUCUCAUUGUGACAAGAAACUAAUCAUCGGCAAUGAUUAUUAUUCAGCGUCUGGGUGCGGGUGUAGUAGUACGUUUUUCAAGAAUUAUCAUCAAUCUUUCAAAAUAAAAUGAAACUUGCUAAGAAGGCUCAAAAUAUUAAACGUAAAUUCAUAAAAAAUACGUUUUUCAAAGAAAGUACAAUGGAUAAAGAGAAAAGUAUUUAAAUGAUUUUUCAUUCAAUUUUCAGUUUCAUUUUGAUUCGAUUAAUCGCAGUUUUUUCGAAUUUUGUAGAAAAAAAAUAGCUGUAAUCAAAUUUUUGAAGAUCACAACGUUCAAGAACAACCGAUUCAAAAAAAAAAAAAAUACUUAUCCAUUCAAUUUUUUCUCUAAAAAUUUCUUUACUAAUAUUUUUCAAUAUUUUAAUUCAAUAUUUUGAUCAAGAAUCUGAAACUCGAACUGUUUAGUUUUAAUUUUUUAGUUAAUUAAAAAUGAAUUAAAAUCUCGAUUAAAAUUAACUAAAAAAAAUUGUUUUCUACAUAAAAAAUAUUAUUUUCUUUCUGUCGUUGUGAACUUAACUCACGUCAAUGUUUACGAGAUGAACGAUUGAAGGAAAAAUAUUUUUCCAGCGGAAAAGAAUAAAAUUGAUCUCUUUUAAAUUAUUUUGUAAAAAAUGAUAAGAAAGUUCUGAAUGUUCAAAUGAAGGAUAAUUUUUACCGAAGAUGAAAAUGUAUUUUUAAAAAUUACAAACUUAUAUGAAAAGCGACAAAAAAAUUCAAUUAAAAACAUUAUUAUUAAUAAAAAUAAUAUUUACGAAAAAGGAAUUAAAUACGAAACUUUAAAUUAGUAUAAUUUAUUUAUUAUUAUACUUUAAACUAUUUUUUUAGUCGCAAUAUUAUUGUAACAAAAUUUGAGAAGAAAUUAAAUUUUCCUUCGUUUGAACUGUCGGAACUCUAGGUUUUUGAUCGAAAAUAUGGAAAAAAAUUUGUCAAAGAGAAACGAAAAGAGAAAAAUUAAAUUUUUCUCCUGAAUCGUAGAUUAGAAAUGUCGCAAAAUUUACUGAAAAAAAAAUUUCCAUUUUUGUCAGAAAAAGAUUUUUACAACAUUUCUUGAUUAACAACUGAAAAAAGCAAAGUUUGGGAACAAAUAAUAUUUUUUUCUAAAUAAAAAGUAAAUUUUCAUUUAUUCAAACGUUUAGAACUUUUGGGGAUUUGAGCAAGAAAGAAUAAAAAAAUGUUGUUGAAGAAAAAUUUUAAAUUUUUCUUCAAAAUUUGAUUAGAAAAAUAAUUUUGUCUUCUAAAUCACUGAGUAUAAACUCGGUGAAUUUUACAACUUUUAUGAUCAACGAUUAAAAAAUCUUUUUAUUUUUCACGAGGAAAAUAAACUUUUUUUGUUAAAAAAUCUUUCUUUUUUAAAUAAUGCAGUAAAAAAAAAAUUUGUAAAAAUAUUUUAAUAUAUGAAAAUUACAGAAAUUUGUCUGGAAAAAAAUAUUUUCUUUUCGAUCGUUAAUUAUAAGCGUUGUGAAUUUCACCAAAAUUGAUUAUAAAACGGUGCAAACUUCACUAUAACGUAAAAAAAUAAUUUUGUUAAAGUUUACAAUUUUUUAAUCUUGUUCCUAAAAUUUUGAACGUUAAAAAAACGACAUUUUUUUCCAUUUUCAUUAAAAAGUACUUUUUUCAUAUUUACAAAAUUGUCCCGAAAGUCUAGAACUUGCAAAUUAACGAUAAUAUUUUUUAUUCCCUUUUUCAAUUUUAAUUU